AUGGUGAAUAUAGCGCAGCUCCCACCGGAACUAUUCUGCCCGGUGCUUGAUCUUGCUUUUGAGAAUCAAAGUGACAUUCAGCUGCUCUGCAGACUCUCUCUUCUUAGUCGCCAAUGGUACGAGGCCCUAGUUCCUCGUAUAUACGCUGAAUGGACCUACAACGGGGCGAGGCAGUCAUUCAGGUCUCUCUGGAAUUUUCUUAGGACUAUCCUCAGCGAUACCCGUCUCGCAGCCUUGGUACACUCCUUACAUAUAGGCAACUGGGGUUACUAUCCACAUGCACGCUCCGGUGAGUGUGAAGAACUAAAUCUCCCACGGGAUGAGAUUACCAUUUUCCGCGAAGCUAUCAGCAGGGCAGGAAUCAAACACCUAGAAUCAAGUAUUAUAAAAGAUAUACGAAAACGUGAUCGACGACCGCUGAUGGCACUUCUUCUAACAUGCCUCCCAAACCUCACAAGAAUACAUGCACACAUCCCACAGUCUGAUCCUGUUCUCAGUGGAGCUCUGAGGCAAAUAUUAGACUGCCAGAGUGACGACAAUCCACCAGCACUUCUUAGCAAGCUGAGCGAACUUUAUGUGCUUGGCGAAGUGGGCAUUCCUACCUGUGACCUCAUGAAUUAUGACCUCCUUCCAAGAGCCGAUCAAACCCUAUUGCACCUGAAUGACCUGUGGCCCGCACUUCAUUUGACAGGUCUGCAGACGCUCUCGCUUUUCGGUCUUGAUACAGCGAACGCGGCCCUUCGACUUGGGGCAAGUCCUGCUUUAUCUCGUCUGAAACACUUAUCUAUAAUCAGCGGCUUUAAUUCCAGCUGCACAUAUUCAGAUCUCCGAGCUCUGCUCACUUUACCAGAAGCAUUGAUCAGCUUCUCAUUAUACGUGCAAGAUCAUGCGUUUGGUUCAAUCGGAGGUGACAUGAUAUCCAACGCGGGUCUCUGGAAAGUCCUGAGAAAGCACCAGAAUAGCCUUGAAUACCUCGACAUUUAUCGUGAUGCUGAACACACGAGACUCUAUAUGAGUCAAGGCCAUUUUGGUCUUCUCCGUCCCUUUACACGCCUCAAAAGGCUUUGUAUCCAACCAGAAGUCUUACUUGGUAGCUUCUGGGAUCGGCCCAACGCCCCUUACCGCUUGAAAGACCGUUUGCCAUGCAAUCUCCAGUCUCUCACACUCUAUGGCGGUAAAAUGUUCUUCCACACCAGCAGUAUGAGUGUUCACAUUCAAGAAGCACUGGGCAGUGGGAUAUUCCCGUUCCUAAUUUUGAUUGAACUAGAGGGUUUCUAUGUAGAUUCAGAUGUAUCUGAGGUAUGCCGUGAAAACGGUGUUAGCCUCUCAAUGGGACGAAGCUGUCAACAUAAAGCCCUUUCAAGAGAUUGCCAACUUCGGAAAGAAGGAAGUUGCCCGCCGUUCUUGCAAAAGACAUACCACAUGCGAAUGGAUGGCCAAAGACGGGCGGUUAUGUUUGCUUUCUUCCCUAUGGAAUGUCGUGGUCGUGGUGAGAUAUUACUACCCCUUGACGACAGCAUGGACGCCUACGAGGAGAUGGAUACAGAAGACGAAGACCUUGAUCAAUGUACCGGUGACUUGAAACUCCGUAUGUUGGACUUGUGGGUGCACAAUGGAGGCACAGCGUACAUGGUCUUUCAAAACUUUGGACACUCCUCGCUACCACCGCUUUUUUCCUUUGCCAUAUAUUUUACACAUGUACUCGUGUCGCGGGAAAGGGUAGACCAUCGGGCUUUGUACCAUGCUCUUUGUGACUCGUACCGCAAUUACGAUGUCCGAUUCGAUCUGUAUUUUGUCCCCGGUAUAGGUGACGAAGGCUGUAUAGCUCAUUACCGCCAGGAGGGGCGCUUCCGUGGGGAUUAUAAGAAGCAACUUCAGGCAUACAAAGAGAGUAGUCGUUAUGAUGUUUCGCCAGGGGUGGGAUUUCUACCCAGUAUGGUACACGACUACUCUGAUACUGGUUUCUAUCGAGGGUUGCUAUUUAUAUGUCCUGAGCCAGAAUGGAAUGGUAACCAAGAAACCUUGUGGUCUGUGCAGUUCGACCCGGUUCGACAGGCUGGAGAUAGCACAGAGUCGUCAGAUGAAGAAAAUAUCCCUCUUCAUUGUAUCCAGCGACACCCAAUUAAUGAUCGCAGCCGCCGGUAUGAAGGCUACGAUGGCGAAUGCCCGAUUGACCGAUGGAUAUCUGAUAUAGCAUCCUGGCAUAGGGAGGAAUUGAGGGGACCAUGGCUGAAAGCAACACGAAGAGGCUGGCAGAGUUGGCGUUAG